AUGGAAUGCAAAUGCGAGAAUGGAAUUUCUACAAAAACUAAAAUAUCAUAUAACGAAGAAAUUUUGAUUUCAAGCUUAGCGCCUUUAACAUGCCAACAUCUUGUUACGAAUAAAUUUCAAUAUGAGGUAGCGAUUGGCAAUUGGAACCGAAGAAUUCAUUCGUCACGGUUGAUACAGCUUAAAAGUCUUGAAUUAUCUUGGAAGACACAAAAUGCGUUAACAAGCAUAAAAGCAAACUUGUCAUUAACAACAAGUUAA